UGUGCUGACAGUGAAGACGCUGAAAUCAAAGGCGAGAGCAGGGACAACAGACUGACAGCGCCGCACUGACUUCUUCCUGCCUGAAGAGACCGAUUCAAACAUGGUUCCUCCUGUACAGGUCUCCCCUCUUAUCAAGACUGCAAGAUGGUCUGCCUUGCUCAUUGGGUUGAUUUAUGGGAAGCAAAGAUAUGAUUACCUGAAGCCCAUUGCUGCUGAAGAGAGGAGGAUUGAGGAGGAAGAGAAGAAGCUGAGGGAAGAACAAGAGCGCAUUUACAAACAGCUUUCUGAAGCAAACUCUGACACCAUUUUGAAGUAAAUCCCCACGAUGUAUCCAUUCCAGCACUAAAUGAGAUGAACCACAAUGAACCUAAUUCUAUUUUUCAAUAAAGACAGAAGUUAAAAAUA